AUGUCUGACGUUGAUGACGAGCUUCUCGCUCUUGCAGGUGGGGAUUCCGAUGACGAAGCCUCUGGCAACGAGAGCAGGGGCGGAUCGCCAUCGCCGCCUCCAGCGAAAAGAAGUGGUUUCAAGAAAGGGGCGGGAAAGAAGUCGCGACGAGGAAACGAUGAUUCCGAGGAGGAGGGCGAGGCGUCUGCGCCAGGAACGCCAAACUCUCUGGAGUCCGCUCCUAUGGAUGAAUCUGACUCCGACGACGAACCAUCGCGAGGUCGAACAGCGGCUGCAGAGGACGACGAUGAAGCAUACCCAAUUGAUGGUCGAUACAAGAGUCAGAAGGAAAAGGCAGAGAUCAUGGCCUUGCCAGAACUCGAACGUGAGCAGCUUAUCGCUGAGCGUAUGACGGACAUAGAGCGUCAGCGACAGAACCGCCUGCUCCGUCAGAUGGUAAGCAACAUGGAGAAUGAGGAGCGCAAACAGGUCAAAAAGAAGCGCAGUGCUGGAACUGCGGAGCUGGAAGAUGGCGAUCGAAUUCGAAAGGCAUCACGGCCGCGUACAGAGAGCAAGAGGGAGACCGCGAUGGACUCUUUGCGCCAAGCCAAGGCAGAGAAAGCGCGUCGACGGGAGGAUCUCGAGAGACGAAAGGAUAACUACUCUCCACGAAGACGCAACUCUGGGGCAGAAGACAGUGACGAUGACUAUAAUCGCGGACGCUCUCCAACUCCCGAUGCCGACGAAAAUCGCGAUCAGCCGCCAGCUGAGUUACGUGAUUAUGAACGAGUUCGACUGGGGCGAAACGAGUUCGCUCAGGUCUGCUUCACUCCUGGAUUCGAGCAGGCUAUCACUGGAUGUUAUAUACGUAUUGCUCUUGGACCGCAUCCUGAAAGUGGCAUUGAGCAGUAUCGCAUGGCAGCCAUCAAAGGCUUCACGACCAGUCGCCCAUAUGCUCUUCAGGGGCCCAACGGUGCAUUCGUCACAGAUCAGUAUGUCAAGGCGGCGCAUGGUAAGGCAAUCAAGGAGUUCCCUUUCAUCGCUGCCUCGAGCGGAAAGUUCACAGAGAACGAGCUCAAUCGAUACAAGGUCACAUGCCACAAUGAGGGCGUGACACUCCCAAGCAAGGCUUACCUUAUGGACAAAAUUGAUGAGAUCAAUGGCUUGAUUAAUCAUUCCUGGACUACAGAGGAAAUCAAGGCUCGGCUUGCACGGAUAAAAGAGCUGAAAAGGCGAUUUGACCCCGCCGAGCGAGAACGCAUAGCCCACUUACUCGAGGAAGCAAGACAACAUGGCGAGCACGAUAAGGCCGAAGAGUUGCAGGAGGAGCUCGACAACCUUGGUUCCCAACGCUUAGCAUUUAGGACGAGUCUGGGCUCCUCAAAGCACAACGAAGUACCCAAGGCCCAAACUGAGCAAGAUCGACUGGCUGAGCGCAACCGAGAGAACCGGCGAUUGAACGCGGAAGCUGUAAGAAAGGCCCAGUUGAAGGAGAAAGCGAAGUCGAAGGAGAUCGAGGCAGCCCUCAAACGUGGUGAAACCUACCAAGGCGACAUGUCAAGACGACUCAGGACCAAGGCCAAAUUCGUUUAUGACGCUAGCGAGAAAGUGGAACAAAAGUCAGCGGCCAACGGCAGCGGGACCAACACUCCUGGGACUAGCACACCGAAGGCGGCCGUCAAAUCUCAACUACUACCUCAUCUCGCAAAGUUGCAGGAGGAGAAACACAAGGAGAAGGGUAUCCCUACUAUACAUAAGCCGCUGAUGGAUGACGAUGUGAUUGGGUCACUAGACCUGGAUAUUGACGUUGAAAUUUGA